GUCGAGUCCAAGCUCGGGGGCGAGGGCGAGGUGUGAACGAUGAAUCUGCGCUGGAUGGUCUCGAUCAAGGUCGACUUGAGAUCAGGAUCAUAUCCGUUCGUCAACCCCCGCCCAGCCUUUGUGUCUAGAUACCCUUCUCGAUCCGGCAACAUCAUCCAUCAAGAGUCAAGAUGUCCACCUUCUCUGCUGCCCCCAUCGUCAUUGACGGAAAAGGUCACCUCCUCGGUCGUCUCGCUUCGAUCGUUGCGAAGCAGAUCUUGAGCGGUCAAAAGGUCACCGUCGUUCGAUGCGAGGAGAUCAACGUCUCGGGUUCGUUCUUCAGGAACAAGCUCCGAUACCACUCCUACUUGCACAAGAAGCAUUUGGUCAACCCCAAGAAGUCCGGUCCCUUCCACUUCCGAGCUCCCUCUAGGAUCCUCUACAAGGCCAUCCGAGGAAUGGUUCCCCACAAGUCUUCGCGAGGUGCCGCCGCUUUGACCCGUCUCGCUUUGUUCGAGGGUGUCCCCCCCGCUCAGGACAAGGUCAAGAAGAUGGUUGUUCCCGCCGCUCUCCGUGUCCUCCGACUCAAGCCCGGCAGGAAGUACUGCACCUUGAAGAGGUUGUCUCACGAGGUCGGUUGGGGUUACAAGGACGUCGUCGACAAGUUGGAGGAGAAGAGGAAGGCCAAGGGCCAGGCUUACCACGAGCGCAAGGUCGCCUCCCUCAAGCUCCGAGAAAAGGCUGCUUCGUCGGUCAACUUCGGUGCCGCCGACAAGCUUGCCGCUCACGGAUACUAAGCGCAUCACCUGCUGUUUUUCGGAACAUGCGGUUAUUUUUGAGCGUGUCAGGUUGACGACGAGCCUCUACUUCCCCCUACCCUCCCAACUUGUAGCUUGUCCAGACCGUCUCGAUUGUAAACAUGAUCAGAUGGUCGAUCGAGAUUGCCCGCCAGAC